GUUUCGGAGGCGCAAAAACUGGACAAACGGGUGAAAGGCGAAGGACGGUACAAACCGUGCCAUGUGACGUUCAAUGUUGAGGUAUUGGAUCAAUGAUUUUAGAAAAACUGGGAAUAAUUUGUCAUAUCUCGUUGCAUUAAAAUUUUAAUCAGCAUGUCUUUUAGCAACAGAAGAAAAGUACAUUUAUUUUCUUGUGAUAGUUUACAAAUAAAAUUGGUUUCUAUUUUCGCCCAACUGCUUUUGUUUGCAUCUGUUUUGUGUAUACCUGUCAAUUUGUUAUUACCUAAACAAAAUACAAGCAAGAUCAGUUCUCAACUAUCGAAAUUAACGUAUGAUAUUAUCAAGCCACCCGAUCAUUUAGAAGGAGUGAAAAUGGAGAGAGAUGGACAUUUAAACAAGGAAUUCAGGAAGGAAGUUUUGUUAGGAAACGAAAGUCAAAGCGGAACACAUGAUGAACAGCUUCUCAUAUCAAUACAUAAAAAAGCUGAUACAAAUCAAGAUGGAUUUUUAAAUGUAGAAGAAUUAGAAAUUUGGAUAAUGAACAAAGUGAAAGAACAUUUUCAUAGAGCAGUCCGUGAUAAUUUCUUGAUCUUCACAUCACUUGACAAAGAUCAUAAUGGUCGUGUUAGCUGGGAAGAAUAUCAUGUAAAUUUUAUGAUAGAGCAAGGUUUCAAUAAGACAUAUGCAAAAAAUCACCCAGAGAAUCAUAAGCAUUUAAAAAGGAAAGUAAAAGAGAAAAUACUUUUGGAUAAAGCUGCUUGGUCAGAAGCUGCCAAUUCGGAUCCUGAUGCUCUGAAUAUUGAUGAGUUCUUGACUUUUCGCCAUCCUGAACAUAGUCAUGUUUCUCUUCUCAACAUGGUUAAUGAUAUCAUUGGUAGUUUAGAUACUGAUGGGGAUGAAAUGCUGUCAGAACAAGAGUUUGUAGAAAUGCCUGAUCCUGAUGAAACCAACCAAUCUUUAGCUGAAUGGAAACAACAGAGAACCAGAGAGUUUAGAGAUACUAUAGACCUCAAUCGUGAUGGAAAAGUUACAAGAGAAGAAUUACUGAUGUAUAAUGAUCCAGAAAAUCCUGUGCAUUCUAAAAUGGAAGCUAAAAAACUCAUUAAAUUAGCUGACGUUAACAAAGAUCAGCUUUUAUCUCUGGAAGAAGUACUUGCAAAGAAAGAUUCAUUUUUAGGAAGCAAAAUGGUAGAUACAGCUCGUAGUUUCCAUGAUGAGUUCUAAUCUGUGAUAUUUAUUGUUGUUAAAUGUGUGUGUAUUAUAAAAUAUAGAAUAAAAUAUUUUAUUUACCGUUAAA